GUUUUGAAUUUCCUGCAAGGCACGAAUUUUUGGAAAGUAAAUAAAACAAAUGUUAUCAUCAUUAAAGUUUAGAUAUAUUUGACGAUUUCUAACAGGAUAGAUAAACUUAGCAAUGCUAAUACAUGCAAUAAGAAGUUCAGCAAGAUAUUGCUCAAUGCCUUCAUUCUUAAAUCAACAAGCCAACAGAUUAAAUCGAUUGACACCAAUCUCAUGUCAUCUUCACUUUCACCAAAAUAAACACGAAAAUAUCAAAAGAACCGGUUUCAAGUUAGAAGCGUCACCAAUUAUGCAUAAAUCUAUUCAUAGCCAUAGCGCUUUGUAUUUCCAAUAUUCAAAUUUAUUAGAUCAAAAGGUAAAAGAGAAUGUCAAAAAGAUUGACAAUGAUGAAAAUAAGUCGGAAGCUGAAAAAGCGGUUGAGGCACUCGAGGAAGGAAAGAAAUUGGGACUCUUUGCUCGAUUCAAGAAAAUGGCUAAAGAUUAUUGGUAUGUUCUGAUUCCAGUCCAUGUUGUCACUUCAUGCUUUUGGUUUGGUUCAUUUUACUAUGCUUCAAUGAGUGGAGUCAAUAUCGUCGGUUUACUGGAAUAUUAUGAGUUCAGUGAAACUAUCAUUAAACCUUUGAGAGAUUCUAAAUUAGGACAUAUAGCUGUAGCAUAUUUUCUAUAUAAAGUGGCAACACCGGCGAGGUACACCGUGACUGUGGGUGGAACAACAUUUGCAAUAAAAUUUCUAUCACAUCGUGGAAUUAUUAAACCAAUGCCAAGUCGAGAUAAACUUGUACAAAUCUAUAAAGAUAAAAAAGAUGAUAUACAAGAAAAAAUUGCUGACAAGAAACAAGCUUUGCAGGAUAAAAAGCAAGUGUUUCAGGACAAAUUCAUGAAGAAAGAUUAAUGAUUAUCUAGAUUCUAGAAACGCUGAAUAAAUAUUAAGUUUUAUAAACGAACUAAUUUAAUUAUGAAAAGUCGAAAUUUUUUUCAUCCUUUAGAUUUUUUUUUCGCAAUUUAAAAAUAAAUCAAAUGAAAGCGAGCGACUUGAUGACGUAAUUACUACUUUGAUUUUUGUCUGUCUAUAAAUAUGAAUCAUUCACGCAAUAAAAUGUCUCACAAUCAUUCCCAAAAACAAUGUCAAUAAAUCGUGC